GGAGGAGAGAGCAUUCAAAGAGGAGGAGGAGGUGGAGGAGAGAGCAUUCACAGCGGAGCAGAGAGCGGUCACCGAGGAGGCGGAGGAGAGAGCAGUCACAGAAGUGGAGAACAGGGAAGAGGAGGAAGAAGUAGAUGGUAACACUGACCCAGGAGAGAUCUCCAACCCAGGUUCAGACAGUGAGUCCAGUUCCACAGCAUCAGGAAACCAUAAACAACACAGACGGAGGAACUCAAGACAGAAACAUCACCACUGCAUGGACUGCUUCACUAGUUUCUAUGAGCCAGAGGAGUUGAGAAGACACACUUGUAGGCCCCACCCCUGUUCAGAUUGCAGAGGCAGUUGUAUUUGUCCAACUCACCUCAAAUCAAAACAGACUCAAAAAAUGAUGGCGACAUACCCGUGUGGUCAAUGUGGGAUGAGAUGUGAAACACCAAGCAAACUAAAGACGCACCAGAGAACUCACACAGGAGAGAAGCCAUACCACUGCACUGUUUGUGGAAAGGGUUGCAGUCAUUCGGACCAUCUAAAGACACACCAGAGAACUCACACAGGAGAGAAGCCUUACCACUGCUCCCAAUGUGGAAAGAGUUUCAGUCAGUUAACAACUUUGAGAAACCACCACCUAACUCACACAGGACAGAAGUCUUACCUCUGCUCUCAUUGUGGGAAGAGUUUCAGUCAGUUAGCCAACCGAAAUACACACCAGUUAAUUCACACAGGAGAGAAGCCAUACAACUGCUCUCAGUGUGGGAAGGAUUUCAGAUCUCCAAGAGAAUUAAAGUCACAUAUGAGAACUCACACAGGAGAGAAGCCAUUCCACUGCUCCCAAUGUGGAAAGAGUUUCAGUCAGUUAUCAAGUCUGAAAAGACACCAACUAACUCACACAGGAGAGAAGCCUUACCUUUGCUCUCAAUGUGGGAAGAGUUUCACCACGUUAUCUGAACUGAAGCCACACCAGAUAACUCACACAGGAGAGAAGCCUUACCUCUGCUCUCAAUGUGGGGAUAGUUUCACCAGUUUAUAUUUCCUAAAGAAACACCACCUAACUCACACUGGAGAGAAGCCUUACCUCUGCUCUCAUUGUGGGAAGAGUUUCAGUCAGUUAGCCAACCUAAAUACACACCAGUUAAUUCACACAAGAGAGAAGCCUUACCACUGCUCUCAGUGUGGGGAUAGUUUCACCAGUUUCUAUUUCCUAAAGAAACACCAGCUAAUUCACACGGGUGGAAAGCUGUUCCAAUGCUCCCAGUGUGGGAAGAGUUUCAGUCAUUCAUCAACUCUGAAGAAACAUCAGAUAACUCACACAGGGGAGAAGCCUUACCACUGUUCUCAGUGUGGAAAGAGUUUCAGUCUGGUAGGAAACCUAAAGAGACACCAGCUAACCCACACCGUAGAGAAGCCUUAACGAUGCUCUCAUUGUGGGAAGUGUGUCAGUCAUUUACACCACCUAAAGUCCAGUUAAUUCACACAGGAGAGAAACCAUACCACUGCUUUGUGUGGGAAGAGUUUUAGUCAAUCAGCAAAUUUGAAGAAGCAUCAGGGAAUUCACACAGGAGAAAAGCUGUGUCAUUAGAUCUGAAGACACCAGUUUGUUCACAUAGGGGAGAAGCCUUAACUCUGCUAUCAAUGUGGGGAUAGUUUCACCAGUUUAUUUCCCCAAAAAACGCCAGCUAAUUAUGACUAAUAAUAACUUACCUGGUUAGAUAAAGGGGGUAAAAAAUUACCUGCAAAGGAGUGUGGCAGCUGCUCCCCUG